UGGCCAUCGAAUGUGGGACAUUUUUAUAGUGCGUUACUCAAUUUGUACCUGGAAUGAGGAAGAAAGUAUGGCACGUUAUCAUGCUGCUCACUUCAUAGGUCUUGUUAAUGGGAAAAUCCGGUUCAGGCAAGACGAGUAUGAGAAGUAUCAUAUUUGCAAACUUUAUUGCUCGAGAUACUCGCAGGCUCGGUCCUACAAUGGACGUAGAACACACUCACCUACGACUGCUAGGUGGAUUGGUUCUGAAUUUAUGGGAUUGCGGGGGUCAAGAUGGAUUCAUGGAAAGCUAUUUCGUCAACCAAAGAGAAACAAUAUUCAGAAAUGUUGAGGUCUUAAUCUAUGUUUUCGAUAUUGAAAGCAGGGAAAUAUCAAAGGAUUUGGCGUACUACCGUUCGUGCUUGGAUGCCGUAAAUCAAAAUUCCCCCGGCGCGAAAAUCUUUUGCCUCAUUCAUAAGACAGACCUAGUCAGUGAAGAAAAAAAAGAUGAAGUAUUCCAAGUCAGAAAGCAAAAUAUCGAAGCAGUUACGAAACCAUUUACUUGUUCAUGCUUUGCUACGUCAAUAUGGGAUGAAACAUUAUUUAAAGCUUGGUCUAAAAUUGUUUAUGAACUUAUUCCAAAUAUCAAAAUGUUGGAAGGUAGUUUAAAGCAACUUUGUGAAGUACUGGAAGCUGAUGAAGUGAUUCUAUUCGAAAGAGCAACAUUUUUGGAAAUUGCUUGUCAUUCUAGAGUUCCACAUUCUGAUGUUCAUAGGUUUGAGAAAAUAAGCAACAUUGUGAAACAAUUCAAAUUGUCAUGUAGUAAAGUUGGAGCAAAUUUCACGAAGAUUGAACUGCGCAACCAACACUUUGCUGCGUUUAUAGACGUUUUCACAUCGAAUACAUACAUUAUGGUGGUAUGUUCUGAUCUAUCCAUCGCCUCUUCUGCAACUUUGCUGAAUAUUCGCAAUGCACGUAAGCACUUUGAAUAUUUGGAAAAAUUAGAACAACCACAUUCGGCAAUAGCUCGUUGUGGCUAGACACUUGUUUGGAUCUCUUGACAGUUCCUUUAUGAGAUAACUUUUUGACUGGAGAUUCCAGUAUGACUGUAUAUUGAAUUGUUUGUUUUUAAUUUAAAACAUGGUCAUCGUAAUACGUCAGUUGUUGUACAGUCCUAUUUUACUGCUGUCUAAUGAAUUGUACAUUUUUAAGAAGUUGUGAUAGUAAACGAAGUAUACAUAAUCUGUUUUACUGAUGUCACUGGACGAAAUGUUUUUGUUAUCGGGCUAAGGAUAUUAUUUUUAUCUUUUAUAUAGUCUCUAAUUCUUUACUGUUGUCGAACUUCCAUCUUAACAUCCAACUUUUGAAAUAUUUAACAAAAUGCCCAUCGUUUUGCAUCGUACAUUUUUUAGUAUUAUUCAUUCAAGUAGAUCAGCACGUAAAAACAAUUUUGCUUGAUUAACACCACCUAAGUAAUUGUUUCAAAACAGUUUGUAUUCAUGCUAUGAAAAUGCUUAAACAGAUUUUCUGACUUUUGAUUUUUAUGAGCUAUUUUUCUAAUUAUGUUAUCCUUUUCCAAUCCUUAUCUUGAUUGUAAAAAUUUGCAUAAUUAUGUUGAUAAUUGAUUGUAUAAUUAACUAUCAUUGUUUUGUUUUCAAGCCCUUACUAGGCAGGUAUUAAGCUCAUUCGGGGCAUCAGCUUACAGGCCAGACCAUAGUUGGUACCUUGACGAGGCAAUUAGUCUUACCUGUCUUGACGAUACAGGAAGGGAUGGAGAUGAGAUGGGCAAUCUAGAGUUUGAGAAAGAAUUUAUACUACCAACUGUAAUGGGGUGUGAUGCCGGCAAAAUGUUUCCGAAAAAUAGAUAACAUCCUCCACGACACUUCUCACACAACGGAAUGAAAGCGUUAACAAAUAUUUACCCUAUAAACACCUUGCCCCACGAAUUAAUGAUAAGGCUUAAAAAGUAGAGUUAACACAUUAGAAACUACUCAUUGAUAGCCCGUCUGUAAUUGACUCUUUAACAGUUAUCCUUUAGGUUCUGUGAUCACGCUUCCGGCUAAUCAAGUUUACCACUACCCCUGUUUUCUUUUCCAGGUAUCUCAAGAAGAUAUAUCGUCCCACAUUAUGGACUACUGAAAAGUGACAUUGCCCUCAUUUCUCUUACGGCACUCAACAUCAUCGUGUUCAAAAUUGAUCUUACUUAAUUUCAAAUCUUUCCUCCUUUUACUAGCAACCUUCCUCUUCUUCCAUGUGUGACACCAGUGCUCAGGAAAUGAUAUUCUCUUUAAACCACCCUCCAAAUCACAUAUCAAUAUAUACUGUCCUCAAAACGUUAAAAGAUGUAAACAAUCUUACAAGGGUCGGUUUUUUAAGAGUUUGAGCUCAUAUUAUUCAAUAGCGGACAACUAUGUGGGGUGAAGUAGACGUAUUAGAAGAAAUACAAGUGGGAAAUGAAUAUCGGUAGAGGAAAAAAGACAUUUUAAAGAGAAUAAACCUUUUUGUUGAGAUUAGACAUUAAGGCCUUUGGAUGCCGGCUCACUGGACUAGAGGUUAAGUGUUCGCGCGAAAUGCCGAGGGUCAUGAGUUCGAAUCCCGCGCGAAGGAUUGUGAAUCUACACUGCCGAGGAGUUCCAUGCUAUGAUGAAACGGCCGUCAAGUGCUUCCAGGUUUUCAACGGUGGUCUA